CUAGGUGCUAAAUAAAUAUUUGCACUCAGUAUUUGUCCUGUUUCAGUGUUUUAGAAUCAUAAUACUGGGUGUCUGGGUUCCCUGUAUACUGACAGUGCAGACAAGGUAGAAGGUUGGUACAAGGCAUUGCCUGAGACUCUUCUUUGUGGGAGGACAUCAGAAUGGCAACAUACACACAUGGUCAGCCCAGUCUUUCUUUAGGAGAUACAGAAUUCAGAAGACCAAUGGUCAUCGAAAUCAUAGAAAAAAAAUUUGAAUAUCUUAGAAAAGAAAAGACGUUAAAUAUAUAUGGCACAGUGUUCUUUGGAACAGCAGCUAGUUUCUCUGGAAUAAUGGCCAACUUCAUUUUCAGACACUGCUUCAAGGUUAAACAUGAUGCUUUGAAGACAUAUGCAUCACUGACUACACUUCCAUUUUUGUCUACUGUAGUCACUUAUAAGCUCCUUGUAACAGACGCUUUGUAUUUGGGCAAUAUAAGCCAGGAAAAUUGUGUUCUGAGAAGUUCACUGAUUGGCAUAGUAUGUGGUGUUUUAUAUCCCUGUGGUUUGGCUUUUUCUAAAAAUGGACGCCUGGCAGUUAAGUAUCAUACUGUUCCACUGCCACCAAAAGGAAGGGUUUUACUUUACUGGCUGCUGCUUUGUCAAACAGAGAUAAAAGCUAUGAUGAUUCCUCUAGUCCUUCAGACGGUAUUUGGAAUAUUUAAUGGUCUACAGCAUUAUGCAAGAUUUGGAAGUACACUUGAGAAAAAUGUACAUGAAGAUUAAUCAAAGAAUGAAUGGAUACUAAAUCAGCAGAAUGGGUUUUUUUUUAUGAUGAGGACUCAGGCAUUGCUGAAGCAGUUAAAAGUAACUCUGGACAGUUUGUUUCUGUUCCUUUUGCCUGGUAUACAGCAGGUACUCAAUAAAUAUUCAGUAAUUCAGUAUUUAA